AUGCUUCAAAAACGCGUGGCAAUAAUAAACCGAUUUCUAUCUAAGUGUACAUCUCAACGACUUUAUAAUAAAACCUUUAAACUUGACAAAGCUAAUACUAUCUUUGUUAUUGAAAAUUGCGUUAACUAUAUUGGACGCGCUUCUGCUGAUAAUAUGAAAAUUCGUGAUUUGACGGUAACAUACUAUCAGAUCGGCGAAGUAUUCGUUUGGAGUUGUAGCCAAGUUGUUGCAAUGAUAAUGUUGUGUAUAAAUUGUGAAAAACUUCUACAGGCAAAAGAAAAAACGAAAUUUCUUGUUAACAAACUCGUUAUGGAUUAUGAACUACCGAAAGGUAUGAGGAUGCAGGCGAAGGUGUUUAUGGAAACCUUAAAUAUUUGGCCAUUAAGAGUUUUUAUUUACGACAUGUUUAGUGCGGACGUACUAAGUAUCUUUAAAGUUAUAAGCUUGUGCGCAUCAUAUUUGAUUGUUGUUAUCCAAGUAACUCAAUAA